AUGCUAGCCCGGUGUUGCGGUUGCCUGGCAGAAAGAAGUCUAUAUCAAGUUUUGGGAAUUCUCGAGUUACUGACCGGUGCCGAGGCCUCGCAAUCCCCGGAGCCCCAAGGUAGCCUGGAAUUGUCAUUAGCACAAUUUGGAAUUUGCACUCCAAACAAAUCCCUCUUGGACUGGCCAGACAAGUUUUUUAUGAGCCGUCGAGUGGAUUGCAGCAAAGAUGGACCUGCUACAACCGAUUGGAAUUGCACAAUUUGUCUUCCGGCUGGCUCGAGCCUCUUUUCGCCCCGUCAACGUGGUAAUGCUGAUCUUGGCCAUCUACCAAGCGGUCUUCAUCGAUGGUCAACUCGACCUGGAAAAGCUUCUCCAAUAUCCGGCCUUCGAUUUGGUGUUGGCGUUCAUUUAUUUCAGCAUACAACUGACGUUGACACCGUGCAACUGUGGAAAAGUCACCUCCACGAUAACCGCCGUGAUGCUGUCCAUUUCUCUGAGUUCGACAAUCGUUUUCUUGGUCACAGAAUUCAUUACGCCUCAGGUUCUGCAGCAAGUACUCCUAAACAUGCCGAACAAUCGGAUAUGGUUCAAGACUGCAAAUCUGUGAUUGGCCGAAGGGCUAGUGAGACGUGGUUUGAGACGGCAUUUCUGCAUUGGAGCUGUUGA